AUGCCCACCAUUUCGGUCGAUAAGGCCGCGCUUUUCAAGGAGCUCGGUAAAGAGUAUACCACCGAGGAAUUCGACGAACUAUGCUUCGAAUUUGGCAUUGAACUUGACGAAGAUACAACAAACGAGGACCGCCCGAUCGUGAAUGGCGUGCAGGAACCACCUCAACUCAAGAUUGAAAUCCCCGCGAACCGAUAUGACUUGCUUUGCUUUGAAGGGAUUGCUCUCAUGCUCAACAUCUUCCUGGAGAGGAAGCCUCUUCCCAAGUAUAAACUAGUCAAACCUCCGAGCGGGGAACUUGAGAAGAUCAUUGUCAAGGAGGAUACAAUGAAAAUUCGACCUCUUGUCUCUGGCGCAAUCCUUCGCAAUGUCACUUUCGACCCGGCUCGUUACGAAUCUUUCAUCGCCCUGCAAGAUAAACUUCACCAAAACCUGGCAAGGCAAAGAACGCUCGUCUCCAUCGGUACCCAUGACCUGGAUACUAUCCAAGGACCGUUCACCUACGAAGCUCUACCACCUAAAGACAUCCGCUUCGUGCCUCUCAACCAGACAAAGGAGCUGGAUGGCGAGGAGCUCAUGGAUUUCUACGAUAAAGACAAACACCUGGGCAAGUACCUCCAUAUCAUUCGCGACUCUCCCGUCUACCCGGCCAUCUACGAUGCCAACAAAACCGUCUGUUCCCUUCCGCCCAUUAUCAAUGGUGACCAUUCGAAAAUUAGCCUGAACACCAAGAAUAUCUUUAUCGAAAUUACCGCACUUGAUAAGACGAAGGUGGAAAUCGUGAAUAAGAUCAUGGUGUCCAUGUUCUCUCAAUACACAUCCGAACCCUUCACCAUUGAGCCCAUUCAGAUCGUCUCUGAGCACAACGGCGAGACGAGGAUAACUCCUGACAUCGCACCUCGGACUACACAGGCCGAGGUGUCCUACAUCAACCAAUGCUGCGGCUUGCAGCUUUCGGCUGAAGAGAUCUGCAGACUCCUCACAAAGAUGGCAUAUGAAGCAACACCGUCCACUACCUCUCCUGAUCUAAUUGAUGUCCACAUUCCCCCGACACGUGCAGACAUUCUCCAUCAAGCGGACAUUAUGGAGGACGUUGCAAUUGCCUACGGCUUCAAUAACCUUCCCCGUUCCUUCCCCAGCAAGUCAGGCACCGUUGCCCAACCUCUGCCAAUUAACAAGCUUACCGACAUUAUCCGCACAGAGGCCGCAAUGGCCGGCUGGUCUGAGGUUCUACCUCUGAUCCUGUGCUCCCAUGACGAGAACUUUGCUUGGCUUAACCGCAAAGACGACGGCAACACUGCUGUCAAGUUGGCUAACCCCAAGACUCACGAGUUUCAAGUCGUGCGUACAAGCCUUCUGCCCGGUCUUUUGAAAACUAUUCGCGAGAACAAGCACCACACCGUCCCGAUGAAGAUCUUCGAAGUUAGUGAUGUGGCCUUCAAGGACAUGUCGAUGGAGCGUAAAAGCCGGAACGAGAGACACUUUGCUGCUGCUUGGUAUGGCAAGACCAGCGGUUUCGAAGUUGUGCACGGUCUUCUAGACCGCGUCAUGGCGAUGAUGAAGAGUGCCUUCAUCACUGGUGAAGAGGGUCUCGAGAACCCCGAGGUGAACGACUCCCACUACUGGAUCGAAGAGUUGGAAGACCCAACCUUCUUCCCCGGCCACGCUGCCUCGAUCCACGUUCGCAUCGGCGGCAAGGACUACAACAUCGGUACCUUUGGUAUCCUUCACCCGACCGUGCUGGAGAACUACGAAAUGAAAUAUCCCGUCAGCACGCUGGAGAUCAACAUCGAGGCCUUCCUAUGA